AAAUCCCCCAACAUGCACUGUUCCCAUGUUUGAAUGGCGCAGGCUGGACUCAAAUGCAUACAUAUUUCGACUUCUUGAUAUCGUGCAUUUAAUUUCUAUACAUUUAGUUCUGUUGCAAACUUGGCGUAGGCCUAUACACCAGUGCGGAAAUUCUCGAAUGGCUAGAGAAAUUCCAGGAAGCUAAGAAAAUGUAACGGGUCUUCCUAUAUUAUGGCCUCUGGUGACCAUGACUGUGAAGAGCAAGAAUUCCAGAGUCUUGAGGAGGCACAGCCCAGUGAACUUCUUACACAUCGGAUACGUUCUGUUGCUGUGAGCAACAUGAGGGAGGUGGAUUUUUUUAAAAAGGAAGAAAUAAAUAAGAAGAGAUUUCCAGUGAGUCAUACUGCACACAGCUCUGGCAAAGUGAAACGAGUGGUUUCCUCCAAGAGGAAGACCCGUCACGUGACGGUGACCUCCGGGGGGCGGCGGAGGCCGUCCGUGGCAGGAAGGGGCUGUGACAUGGCGAACAAGGAGAACGAACUGGCCUGUGCAGAGGACCUGAAAGGAGUGCUCUGUGGUGGCCAUCGUGGGUUCCCUUUGAACUCUGCUGAGGCCACCAAGAUGGAUGGGGCUGGGUCCAAAUACAUUGACUGUUCCACAGAGCUCUCAAAGGAUCACAAUACAAUGGCACAAGUGCUUUUUGGAAGAAAUCUUAGGCUUAAUGUUGCUUUGACUCUGUGGCGAAGAAAUCCAGGGGAAUUGAUUGCAUACCUUAUCAGGAUCCAAGAUACAGGUGUCCUUGCUGACUGCUUGCCCAUAAUUACUAAAAGCCUUCAAGAUGAAAAACCAUGUAUAUCCAUUGGGUGUUGUGUGGACCUUUUACCACUUGUGAAAAAUAUGCUUACCAGCCAGUAUGAAGAAUACCUGAUAGUGGGUUUACACUGGGUUCAAUCCGUUGUAAAAAAGUGGUGGCCCGAGCUCUCUACAGAUGACAAAAGUACACCUGACAGCCAUUCAGAUGAUAGGAAUAUUCAAGUGAUGAAGCAACAGCUCCAUGAAUUUUGGGAACAUGGCUGCCAUUUACGUUUAGUUCCAGGAACUACAGGAGAAAUGGCAAGGGCAAUAGAAUCCUAUUUGUCACAGCUGCACUGAUACUGCCAUGUAGCAGAGGAAUCAACCACUUCAAGUCCUUGACAGCUGUUUACAAAGCUACUUUUCAACUUCUGAUUAAUCCUGGGACCAGAGGCUGAUUAAGGUUACAGGAUGACGGGUCAAUAGUGAGGUUAAAGAAUUGAGUGACCCACUGAUGCUCUUUAAAAAAUUAAGACAAAAAGCCUUCCAUGUAAUGCGAAUGCCUUCACAUUGAAGUGGACCGUUUGCUUAGUGGCACAGGUUUGACUCUAUGAGGUACAAAAGACUGUCAAUCAAGACUGUUUGAUGAAAUGCCAAGCUGUUUUCCACUCACAGCAGAACUUUUCUGCCGUGUUUUUUUUUGUUUUUUUUCUUCUUGGUAGCCGAAUGUACCAUGUACUAUGUUUCCCCAAGCCAUUCAAAUCAAGAACUUGAACUUCAGCCGUCUUAAGUUAUUAGAGAAUUUUCAUGUGCUUCUUCAUGAAUAAAAUUUUCGAUUGUAAAA